AACACUGCCUGUUAAUAAAUAUGCAUGUGUGGGGAAAUUUAAAAAAAAAUGUUAAGAAUAAUUUUAAGAUUGACGGAUGGAUGAACAGAUAGAUCUAGGAUGUAAAGUGGACACUCGCUCAAUAAAGGAGGAGGGCUGUAAUUUCUCGACCUCCACUGAAGUCUUUACCCAUAAAUUGGAGCACAUGUGGUUGGCAAAAUGGAGCAUCAUUCUUCCAUCGAGAGGCGGAGUUAACCGGACCGAGAAGCGCUCCGUUGAUCUGAAUUUUCACACGGGUAAAGAGAGGCGCGCAGCUCGGUGCCUCCAGUAUUUGCUCUGUUGACGCAGUUCAAAAGAGGAAGGCAUUUAAGGGAGACUGAUGAGAAAGUAGAAGACCAUAUUAAAAAUAACAAUAAUAAUUGUACUGACCACUAUGGCCGUUCCUGCGACUCUUCCGGUUCACUCUGGGACUUCUGCGGUGUCCGGUAAACUCUUCAGAACCGACCCGUUCUUCUCGAGUCCCGCGGACUCACCGCGACUGAACAACUCACUGAACGCGACGCUUCCGAGCGGCGCAGCGACAAACGAAUGCAAAAUCGUGGAGGUGCACGGAGUGAAAGUCGCGUCUUUUAAUGUUGAUGGCCAGGAGCUUAUUUGUCUCCCGCAAGUCUUCGACCUUUUCCUUAAGCACCUUGUUGGCGGACUGCACACCGUGUACACGAAACUCAAGCGUUUGGAUAUAAACCCGGUGGUGUGCACCGUGGAGCAGGUGCGCGUCUUGCGCGGACUCGGUGCCAUCCAGCCCGGAGUGAACCGCUGCAAACUCAUCUCCAGAAAGGAUUUCGAAGCGUUGUACAACGAUUGUACCAACGCAAGCUCUCGUCCAGGCCGCCCGCCGAAGCGUUCCUAUGGGGCCGGUGUCCAAGAAAGCCCCAGAAUCCUCCACCACAGAGCAAACAGCCUUCUGUCUCCAGCCCUGCUGUCACCCACAGGUUUAACAACAGCCGCCAUGGCUGAAGCUUUGAAGAUACAGAAGAUGAAGAUGAUGAUGAAUCUCCACAAGACCCACAACGGCUCAGAAUUCGAUUCAGAUGAGCUCAACUCUAAUACAGGAUGUAGCACUUUGUCCUGGGAGAGAGAGAAACAUUCAUCACCUGCUUCAGAGAAAACACAGCACAGCUUGAACAACUCUCAGCUCAACUCUCUCCAACACACCCAUCUACUGGCCAACAGACUGGACUUGCCCUUCAUGAUGAUGCCCCAUCCCCUGCUUCCUGUUGGACUUCCUCCUGCCUCUGUUGCCAUGGCAAUGAACCAGAUGAACCACCUUAAUACAAUUGCCAACAUGGUUGCCAGUGCACAGGUGCACAGCCCCGUCUCCAGGCCGACAUCUGCCAUCAAGUUUCCAUCUUGCAAAUCUGUUUUUUUCUACCCGAAAAUAAAAAAGCAAGAGUGUUUUGAUGAGAGCCCUUCUGUGACACCAUCCAUAGAUGGGAACGUUCCUCAGAAAACUGAACCUUCACCUGAACAAACCAGUUCAGUUCCCAGCAGCCCCACACAGCCUUAUACACACUCUCCUCAAAAAACAGCGUAUGACGUUCAAUUUGAUGAACAAAGGGAGACAGACUCAACUCUGCAUAUGAACAGACUUUCCAACGACAGGGUUGAACAAAAUGCAGUGAAACCAACAAUCUUUGAGAAGGUCCCAACUCAGUCAUUGUCCUCUGGCUUCCCUGCUUCCCUUCUUUUCACAGACGGCCUCUCCUCCGUCGAGACGCUGCUUACCAAUGUCCAGGGCCUGCUAAAGGUGGCUUUGGAGAAUGCCCGUCUGCAGGAGAAACAGCUUCAGCAGGAGAGGAGAGAACUCAAGAUGGAGCUGUACAGAGAGAGAGAGAUGAGAGAAAGUCUAGAGAGACAGCUCACCUCUGAGCUACACAGUCGAGCCACCAUUCAGAGACGUCUGAAGAAGGAGAAGAAGGCAAAGAGGAGGUUACAGGAGGCGCUGGAAUAUGAGUCCAAGCGGAGAGGGCAGAUCGAGCAGGCCUUACAGCAGGCCACCUCAUCAGACUCUCUCACACACGAUCCAAUCAGUCUGGACAUGGAGACGGAGCGAUGCAGAAGCCCGGAGGACAACUGCUUGUUACAAGAAAGCAGAACAUACACAAAACAUCCAAUAAUGUACUAAGAAGAGGUCGACAAGGAAGUUCUCCACAUCACACACACUCACAAACACAGUCAACUUUCCGAAUGCUGUUUUCACUGAAGAGAGGACUUCAAGAGGGACUUUAGGCAAUGAGCUACAUGGGAGAAGAUUGUCUUUUUGACCCAGUUGAAUGCUCCAUCUGCACAACAUUCCAGAAUCUGUUGUUUUAUCCACAUACAUUGUGCUUAAUUCCCUGUUCAGGCUCUGUGGAGAGCACUGUUGUUGUACCGUUACUUGUUUUGAAGAAGCGUUUGGAAGCAACUGGAUGCUGUUUUGACAUUAUCCCUUCAGGACAGUGACCUCCAGUCUAAUGCCCUCAGGACAAGCUGAGGAAGAUGUAAAAAAGGGAGAAAAGAGAUGCAUCUGGCUUGUGUUUCAUUCUUGUUGAAAGACUCUAAGAGUGUGGAAUCUUACAUUUUGUUGCAUUUCUCUUGUAUGUCCAUCUUCUGGUUCUUCAGUCCAUUUGUAUCUCUCUUUGUAGGUCAGUUUAGCUUCUUAAUACUGUGUAAAACAUUCACCUGUUUAGUUUGAGGAAUCUUAUGUGGGAGUUGUGGGAGUGUUGUUUUAUUGGCUUUUCAGUCAGAAGGAAAAACUACUGAAUGUUUUUGAACCUUUCCUAAUGAGAAAUACAGUAUUACAAUCACCUUAUUCAUUCAAAAGUUUUUGCCCUCAUUAUUCUAAGGAGAUCUUUGGGUUUUUUGCAACCUGUGGAUAUUGUAGAUGUGGUUUCAUGUUCUCAAGCAUUUACAGAUUUGAUUCACUAACCAUUUUAGCAUAAGCUAAAACUAGACUCUAAGACCGCAGAGGAUAUUUUCUUAUGCAUUUGGCAUUUCCCCCAACACGCGAGUCUUUAUUUAGUCUGUGAGUUACUUAAAGAGGAAAGCAGACUUCCCGCGGCACAGAAUUCCCUGCUGGUGUUGUCAGGAUGAGCCAUCUAUCCUAUAGGCACUCGAAUGCUAAAUGAUGUCUUGAAAGGUCUAGAUCGAUGUCUGUCACCAUUUUGUGCACCAGAAUGAACCGAUGACACAAAUAAACAAAGCGAUGCUCAUGUCACCGGUGUCACCUUGUCGUCAGUAGCGUUCCUGAUGAAGCGAAAGCCAUCAAACAAUCCUAUUGAUUCAGGUCAUGCAAAUGAGACCCCAUUAGAGCUUAAAUGCCUCCGCUGGUACAUAUCGGCCUUUAUUGACACGUAUCAAAGUCCUCAUUAACAUUCAGUUUGUGGGCUUCUCGUGAGCCAAGUAUUGUUCCAUAAUGAUAUUUCUAGUCUAAAAAGGCACUCCAACAGCUCCAGCUGUGUAAUAUCCAAACAAGGAUAUCAUGACUCAAAGUACAGUACGGUAACAUGGAUUUGUAAUAUUUUUCUUUUGCAUACUUUAGGAAUAUCACCCGAGACCAUAAAUCUGUGGGGACCAUAAAUAGAUUUGAAAACAAUUCACUCUGAUUUGGAAUUGCUCCCUAAAAAUGGGAAAUGACCAUUUGGGAACGUGGGAAAAGUGUGGUUUCAAAACUACAGCUAGCAAAAGAUAGGAGCGGAAGAUAAACAUAUGUGUUUAGGAUACAGAAAUGCCAUCUGUUUUGCUAUGAUUGUUUUGUGAGAAAUAUAUCAGUACUUGUAAACUUGAAGAGGACUGUUGCGUUUGUUUAUGUAUUCAGUUCAUUUCAACAUCCUGGAAAUAUAUUAAUUUGGUUAGACACAAGUUUUGAGUCUCUGUGUUAAAGGAACUGCAUACAGGAUAUUGUGUGAGUAUUAACUAAGCAGACUGGAAACAAAAAAAUAAACUAUAAAAAUGAAAUCUCAAUCAAGGACGUAAUCCAAUACACUGAAAAAGAAGAAAAUGCUAAUUUUUACAAAGAAAUGGCAUGCAACAGUGAAUUAAACAUUACAUUUUAAAGCAAAAAAGA